UGGUGCGGCGCUGAGCGGCCAGGAUGGGGCGGCGGCUGCUGCGGGCGCUUCUCUGCCUCCUGCUCGUGGCCGGCCGCCUGCUGCGGGCCGGGGGCGCCGGGCCCCACGGCUGCCUGUUCGACAGGAGACUCUGCUCCCAGCAGGAGGUCUGUGUGCAGGAUGGCUUGUUUGGGCAGUGCCAGGAGAGCGCGGCCCGCGACAGGCCCUACUUCCAGGUCACCUCGCCGGUGCUCCAGCGCCUGCAGGACGUGCUGCGCCGCCUCACGGCACAAGGGUUGUCGUGGCAGGAUGACAUCACACAGUACGUGAUCUCCCAGGAGAUGGAGCAAAUUCCCAGGCUGCGUCCGCCCCCUGCACGGGAACCAGUGGCCAAGGAGAGGUUCUCACCGCUGCAUGCCGCUCCCCGGAUGGCCCUGUUCCCAUCAGAACUCAGCCAGUUGGCUCCGCGCCCACUGCCAGCCAGUGCCAAGAAGUCCCCACGCCUGGAACCGCAGCCCCCGCUGCCCCCCGCCCUGCUGCAGCGAUACCUGGAGCUUCUGCUGCUGGGCCCCCCGCCUGAGCUAGGCUAUGAGGAAGGCCUGCUGCACCCCUAUUCGUACCACAAGUUUGGCUACCAGGAUGGUGCGCGGCAGCUGAGCCCUAUCCGGGGCAAUUCGGCCAGGCAGAGCCCUGAGCCCCCCGCUCUCCUUGGCAGAGCCCCUGCCCAGGCCUCCCAAGCCCUCUUUGGAGCCAGCCCCAUCCCUUCCUAUGGGGGGCAGCCAGGGCUGGACGGGGGGCAUCUCUUCCAGGACCUGGGCAUGCUCUACCUGCCGAGAGAGAAGGCAAGCCGGUUGGCCCCUGCCAGCAUGAAGGCCCAGCACGGCCAGGGGCUCCCCCCGGACUACGCCGAGCCCGACGAAGAGAACAGACAGCAGCAGCCCGCCCUGGGUCCCCAGGUGCAGUCAGAUGCAGCCUUGCAGAGACUUGUGGCGGUGCUGGCCGACUACGGGGUGGGGCUGCAGGACCUGAGUCCCCAGCAGCUCGGCAGCGUCUCCGCCCUGCUGCAGCUGCUCCAGCGCCCCGGUGGGUUUGGCCAGGAGGCUCCGGAGGCCAAGCGGGUGACGGAAGGGGAAAUGCAGCACGGGGAGGAGCCGGAGCCACCCCCGUCCACGGUGCCUCCCCCUGAGAAUCCAGCCAGUGCCGCCUCCCGGACGGAGGGGCCGAGAUGGGAGGAGGCGGCUGGCCCGGCACAGGGCAGUGCCAGGCCUACGUCGGCGUCCCAGGCUGAACCGCAGGCCCCGGGGCAGGCUGCGCCCAGGGACCCCGCCGCAGGGGACGUGCUCCAUCUCCCAGUGCAGAAGAAGAGCUACACGGAGCCCAGGGGCCAUGGCGGGAAGGGGGAGCAGCCGGCACCCCGGCCCGCCGAGGAGUACGGCUACAUCGUCACUGACCAGAAGCCGCUGGGCCUAGCUGUCGGCGUCCGGCUGCUGGAGAUCCUGGCCGAGCACGUCCACCUGUCCACGGCCACAUUCAUCAACAUCAGUGUCGUGGGCCCAGCUCUCACCUUCCGGAUCCGGCAGAACCAUCAGAACCUGUCGCUGGCGGAUGUGACCAAUCAGGCCGCGAUGGUGAAGUCGGAGCUGGAGGCCGAGCUGGGGCUCAAGAUUGUGCAGAUGGGCGUGGGGCAGCGCAAUGAGGCCACCCCGUACCCGCACCCCUCGCACUUCGGCGACACCUUCCACUCCGUGCUGCUCACCUUCCUGGCCCUGGCCUGCGUGGCGGGCGUGGUCAUCGCCGCCGCCAUCGUCUUCUGUCUGCGCCAGCACGCCAAGCAGCGCGAGAAGGACCGGCUGGCGGCCCUGGGGCCCGAGGGCACCGGGGACAGCACCUUCGAGUACCAGGAGCUGUGCCGGCAGCACAUGGCCGCCAAGUCGCUCUUCGGCCGCGCGGACGCCCCCCCGGCCCCGGCCGAGAACUCCCGGGUCAGCAGCGUCUCGUCCCAGUUCAGCGACGCCCCCCAGGCCAGCCCCAGCUCCCACAGCAGCACGCCGUCCUGGUGCGAGGAGCCGGUGCAGUCCAACAUGGACAUCUCCACCGGCCACAUGAUCCUGGCCUACAUGGAAGACCACCUGAGGAACCGCGACCGGCUGGCCAAGGAGUGGCAGGCACUGUGCGCCUACCAGGCUGAGCCCAGCAUCUGCACUGCUGCCCAGAGCGAAGCCAACCUGAAGAAGAACCGCAACCCCGACUACGUGCCCUACGACCACGCGCGGAUCAAGUUGAAGGCCGAGAGCAACCCAUCCCGCAGUGACUUCAUCAACGCCAGCCCUAUCAUUGAGCACGACCCACGGAUGCCGGCCUACAUCGCCACGCAGGGGCCCCUCUCGCACACCAUUGCCGACUUCUGGCAGAUGGUGUGGGAGAACGGCUGCACGGUGAUCGUCAUGCUGAGCCCGCUGGUGGAGGACAGCGUCAAGCAGUGCGAUCGCUACUGGCCCGACGAAGGCUCCUCCCUCUACCACAUCUACGAGGUGAACCUGGUCUCGGAGCACAUCUGGUGCGAGGACUUCCUGGUGCGCAGCUUCUACCUGAAGAACGUGCAGUCGCAGGAGACCCGCACUCUGACCCAGUUCCACUUCCUGAGCUGGCCAGCAGAGGGCAUCCCCACCACCACCCGCCCCCUCCUGGACUUCCGCAGGAAGGUCAACAAGUGCUACCGCGGUCGCUCCUGCCCUGUUAUCGUGCACUGCAGUGACGGGGCAGGCAGGACCGGGACCUACAUCCUCAUCGACAUGGUACUAAACCGAAUGGCCAAAGGAGUGAAGGAGAUUGAUAUCGCCGCCACGCUGGAGCAUGUCCGUGAUCAGAGGCCUGGCAUGGUGCAGACUAAGGACCAGUUUGAGUUUGCGCUGACGGCCGUGGCAGAGGAGGUCAAUGCCAUCCUGAAGGCGCUGCCACAGUGAGCCGGUCGCCUCGCCUCCAGCCCCGUCGCGCCCGCCUCCUCCCGGGCGCUGCCCCAUGUGCUUCGAGCGCCCGCCCGCUGGGGUCACUCGCCCCUGUAAUGUCGUGUCUGUGAUGCUGGUAGUCUGCCCUCGCCCCAGUGUGCUGCCCGGGCCGCGGCUGGGCCUGGAGGAGGGGGUGGCAGCCUGGGCCCGCUGGGGGAUGAGGGGCUGCACCAACUGCCCUGAGAGGUUAAGAGGGGACUGUGCUGCCCCUCCAUCUGCCCCUGCAUGCCCAGUGCCUGCCUGCCUCCUGUCUACAGGUGCCCACGCACAGCCCCUGCCCCGGGCUCCUCCUGUGUGUGUGUCUAAUCACACGGCCCCCGCACAGCCCCACGGGUACCCAGGCCUUGCCCAUGGCCAGGGAAGGUCUGACCCAGCAUGGGGUGGUUCUGAGCUCUGCCAGGAGCCUGCACCCGCUGGGCAGGACGGGUCUUGGAGCAGCCCCUGUCCUUGCUUCUCCUGCCCCCCGGAGCUCUGCUGCUCCGUGCCCCCCCCCCCCACCUGUCUCAUUCCCUGGGGAUGGACCCUUCCCCCCACACUUCCUGGGGCAAGAGGUGACACAGCUGGAGCAAUCCUUGCCCAGCCAAGCGCACCCUGGGGGGUGGCAGCCUGGCUGGGGAACCCUCCCCCCCCACGUGGGUCAAUCAUCGUCAAUCAAGCAGAAGAGAAAUUUCUAGAGAAAUAUAAUUUUGUAUCUUGAUGUGAAUAAAGUUCUCGUGUCGCAUUUGUGCAGCUGCA